GAAGGAUGGGCUCUUCCCAGUCCAUGUCGGAGGAGGUCCGGGAACUCGUGGGCAAGACUGGUUUCUCUUCAGAGCAAAUCGAACAGCUUCACCGGAGGUUCAAGCAGCUGAGUGGGAACCAGCUGACCAUCCGCAAAGAAAACUUUAACAAUAUCCCUGACCUGGAGCUCAACCCGAUCAGAUCCAAAAUCAUCCGUGCCUUCUUUGACAACAGGAACCUCCGAAAAGCACCCAGUGGCUUGGCUGAUGAGAUUAACUUUGAGGAUUUCCUGACCAUAAUGUCUUACUUUAGACCAAUCGAGACCAAUAUGGAUGAGGAACAGGUGGAGCACUGCAGAAAGGAGAAGCUAAGAUUUCUCUUUCACAUGUACGACUCUGACAGUGAUGGACGGAUCACCUUGGAAGAAUAUCGAAAUGUGGUAGAGGAACUGCUUUCUGGAAACCCCCACAUUGAAAAGGAGUCAGCCAGAUCCAUCGCUGAUGGAGCCAUGAUGGAGGCUGCCAGUGUCUGUGUGGGACAAAUGCAACCGGACCAAGUGUACGAGGGAAUCACCUUUGAUGACUUCCUAAAGAUCUGGCAGGGCAUAGACAUAGAGACCAAGAUGCACGUCCGCUUCCUCAAUAUGGAGACCAUCGCCCUUUGCCAUUGACCUCUGCCUCCUCUGCAAGGGGCGAAGAUGCCAACAGCACCCUUGGGCAGUUCAUCAAGGCUGUUGGUCUCAAAGGAAUGUGGGGUUUUUUUUUGCUACUGACCUAUGAUCAACUUGCUAAUGCGCUUCUAUUGUUUUCCUAUACAGAAUGGAUGGUGUGAGACUUGACUGACUUUUUAUCUCUAAUAAAUUAGGUUUUGUUAAUGAA